AUCUGAAUUAAUGGAAUGAUAAUGAUUUAAGACUAUUUGUUAUAUUUUCAUUAUUCUGCCUGGCCUCUUUUUAUUGCAAGCAAUGUCGCGAAUCCAAAUAGAUUUAAACAAUGAGAAGGAAAACCAAUUAAAAGUAAAUUUAAAGUCAUCUCCAAUUAUGCACUCUCUCUCGAUGGAAUAGAAAACGAGGUGGGAGGUUUUCAGAUGCAUCUGUUCAUUGAUCGGCGCAUAUACGGCAAUAAUGGGUCAGCGUGCACGCUGCAACGAGAGCCUGUUUGUCCCGUUAAUUGCAGGCGAAUUAUGCACUUGAGUCUCUUUACUCGGUCAGUGGUGCGUCCGUCGUCGUGUCCAGGUGGGGCCUACGCAGCUGCAGUUUCCGCGUCGAAAGCGAGAUUCUCUCGAGAGUCAGACGCCUGCCGCGAUGCUCCGAGCCAACACGCUGCUCCUCUGCCUCCUGCUGAGCGCCGCCUCCGCCGCCGCCGCCUCCGACCUGGAGGCGGACGACGGCCUGACGACGCUCGCGCCUUCGCAGGACGGCCCCGAGGCCCGAAUCGAGCUGGACGACGACGACGACUACGAGGAGGGCGAGUACCUCGCGCCCAAGACCGUGCUCGAGUGCGUCAUGCUGGCCGACUGGCCCUGCGUCCAGGUCAAGACGUUCAGGGCCAUCAGGGAGUGGCUCAACAUCGGCACCAGCGUCGUCCAAAGCAAACCUAUCUCGCAGGAUGAGGAGAACGAGCUGCAGAGCAAAACGGAGGAGGAAGAAAACCACGAAGACCAAGAGGAGCCGGACACGGACGACGAGUACGACCUGAAGGAGGCCACGGCCUUGCUCUCCGGCCUGGGCAAGGAGCCCAGCUCGUCGUGGGCCGGCUCCCUCGAAGUCCUGGCCGAGAUGCUCUACGACGGCGUGUCCGCCUUUUUGGGCGCCGAGUCCGAAGACGAGCAGCGCGCCCUGCUCAAAAAGGGAAUCGAAAAGUUGGAAAACGCUGGCAGGAAGCUCGAGCAAGCGAGAAAGAAGUUCGGACUCGGGGGCCACGGUCACCACGGCGUGGGCAACCUUCUGGGCCUGAUCACGUUCAAGAUGUCGAAGAUCAUGACGGUGCUGAGCGCGUUCUCGGCGCUGGUGCAGCUCAAGUCGCUGGGCGUGACGAUGCUGGGCCUGUUGCUGGCCGCCUCGAGCCUCUUCAUCCAGUUCAAGACGAACGUGCGGCCGCUGCACCCGAUCGUCAAGGUGCUGCACCUGCACCCGCGGCCCCACGUCACCGUGAACGCGGGGCCCGACUUCCCCGAGGCCUCGCACGACUGGGACGGCGGCCACGAGCACGACCACGAGUACGGCGCCUACGAGGGCUACAACGAGCAAGCCUACGAGCACCAGGCCAAGCAGGCCCUGCUCGCCAAGUACAAGCUCGGCCGCCGAUGAGCAACGCCAACAAAUUAUUUAUUUAAUUUAUUUCUAAUUUUAGCACCCGAAUCGACUGAAAUGGUUUUUUUUUUAAAGAGAGAAAAAAUAAAUUUGUAUUAAAUAUAGA